AGAUGAUUAUUUUGAUUUGUUUUAGUUGAUUGAGGAGGCUAGGCUCGGGUCUAAUUCUCGCUUCAAUUCAAUUCACGCAUGGACUCGAUCUGGACUCAAAGUGGACCGACCGACGCUUGGCAUUUCAUCGUCGCCGUGUUAUUCGCUCCCGGUUUCGUCGUCGCUAGGUUCUUGCUCGAUAAAUUCAUCUUUCGACGGUUAGCCAUCUGGUUGUUGAGCAAUGGAAAUCUCCCAUUAAAGAUGAAUGAAGCUGCAAGGGCAAAAGUUGGAAAAUGUUCGGAAUCUAUGUGGAAAUUGACAUACUAUGCUACUGUUGAAUUUUGUAUUCUCAAAAUUGCCUACCAUGAGCCAUGGUUCAGAGAUACAAAAUUGUAUUUUGAUGGCUACCCAAAUCAAGAGUUAAAGCUCCCCUUAGAGCUUUACUACAUGUGCGAAUGUGGGUUUUACAUCUACAGCAUUGCUGCCCUCUUGACAUGGGAAACUCGUAGAAAGGAUUUCUCUGUAAUGAUGUCUCAUCAUGUAAUUACUGUUAUCCUGAUCGGAUACUCAUACCUUUCUAGUUUUUUCCGGAUUGGCUCAAUUAUCCUUGCCUUGCAUGAUGCAAGUGAUGUAUUUCUGGAAGCUGCAAAAGUGUUCAAGUAUUCUGAGAAUGAACUUGGGGCAAGUGUAUUCUUUGGGUUAUUUGCUAUCUCAUGGCUCGUACUACGACUAGUAUUUUUUCCAUUUUGGGUCAUCAAAUCUUCAAGCUAUGAUCUUCUGAACUACUUGAAUCUAUCAGAGAUUUAUCCAACGGUCGUGUACUAUGUCUUUAAUACAAUGUUACUGAUGCUGCUUGUGUUCCACAUAUAUUGGUGGGUUCUCAUAUGCUCAAUGAUUAGGAGACAGCUGAAAAAUAGGGGAAAAGUCGGAGAAGAUAUAAGAUCUGAUUCUGAGGACGACGAUUAGGUGAAAGAUUGAAGAUUUUUGUUGUGGGUAAUGAAUAUUAGCCGUGGGGAGAGAUUACAAAAUGACUAUUUUGUAGAUUUGGCUCUGUGCGCAAUUGAGAGGAGAAGUAGAA